GAUUUUCUUCUUCUUGGCAGUUUUUUUUAUGCACGUGGCCCCCUUUGUAUAGUUUUUUGGUAUGGCAGGUCCUUUUGGUUUAAACCCCUAUUUCCUUGGGAUUUUAUGCAAUUUAUCCUUUUGGCUUUCAAAUGGGCUUUCUUGGGUUUCCCGAUUCUUCUUUCUCUUUUUUGUUUCUUUUUUUUUUUUUCUUUCUUUUUGCUUUUUCGUUUUCUUCCUUUUUGAGAAAGACUUCUUUAAUCUUGUGAUUUGAUCAGGCCAGUUGUCUUGUGAUGGCCGUUAAUCCUUCUGCUUUCGGUUCUGUUUCGAACCCUGCUUCCAACUCUAUUCCGAUCCCUACUUCCGGUUCUGUUUCGAUCCUUGCUUCCGUUGGUUCUUGCGUUUUCUUUCUUUUUUGCCAUUUUUCUGUUUUGAUGGAGGAGAAUCCUUCAAAAUCUGUUGUUAUGGCUCCAAUUGCUUGGGAUAUUGCCGAGAUGGGGGUGGAUCCCAUUGUCAGAGUGGGCCUUUCUUCUUUUGAAUCCAAGUGUUUUGAUGUUUUCCAUUUUCCUAGCUGGUUUGUGGUGAAGGAUGCUUUACGUCAUGUAGAGAGGAAUCCCAUGACCCUUCAUUUUCCAAUGGAGGAGCGUUGCAUCCAAGAACAACACCACCUUCAUCACCUCAAUCCUUCUAUCUCCAGCUCCUCCAAACACUCCCCCAAUUCCAACUGCCGAGAUCGUGAAAGGAGGCGAGACAGGGAACACUGCUCGGAAUGCUACAAUUGCCAGCACGAAGAGGAAGCCAAGAAGCGUGAGUGUGCGUGGUUGGAGAAAUUGGCAGAUCAAGAUCGUGAGAAGGAGUUGAAGGUCAUUAAAGAAUAGUAUAUUGGAUCAAAAUCCUCACAAGGCCCAACUCUUGUUUGGACAAGGGUUCCAAGCCGAAGUUGACCAGAGGGAGUAGAGAAAGCUUGCUGCCAAGAAUGUGAGAGAGAUGUAGUCCCUUGCUAAGUUGAUUGUGUUUGAUUGCAUCUUUGAGUUUGAGAGCAUGGAUGUUGCUAUGUAGGUUUAAGCUGAUCCAAGGUUGAAGAAAGUUUAUGAUUAAGG